AACUUAAUAAUAAUUAAAAAAAAUAAAAACAGAAAAUGAUGCAAAUUCCAAAAUAUAUUUUGGUAAUAAGAAUGAAUUAUUAAAAGUUAAAAUAAUAUUAGAGCACUGGAGUCGGAAGUAGUAUAAAGAGGAGUAAGCACUAGUGUGUUAGGCACACUCUUCUUUCUCCGUCUAAUUAAGAUCACUCUCUUCUCCUCUCUUAUCAUGGAUCCGUACAAGCACCGUCCUUCAAGUGCUUUCAACACUCCAUUCUGGACAACUAACUCUGGUGCUCCUGUCUGGAACGAUGACUCUGCUUUGACUGUGGGAACCAGAGGACCAAUUCUGCUGGAGGACUAUCCUUUGGUGGAGAAAAUUGCUGGGUUUACCAGGGAAAGGAUCCCUGAAAGAAUUGUCCAUGCAAGGGGUGCCAGUGCUAAGGGUUUCUUUGAGGUCACCCAUGAUAUCACUCAUCUUACCUGUGCUGAUUUUCUCCGAGCCCCGGGUGUCCAGACUCCUGUCAUUGUUCGCUUCUCUACUGUUAUCCAUGAGCGUGGGAGUCCUGAAACCAUCCGUGAUCCCCGAGGUUUUGCUAUCAAGUUCUACACCAGAGAGGGUAACUUUGAUCUUGUGGGAAACAACUUUCCUGUCUUCUUUGUGCGUGACGCAAUGAAGUUCCCCGACGUGAUCCAUGCAUUUAAGCCCAAUCCCAAGUCCCACAUUCAGGAAAACUGGAGAAUUAUGGACUUCUUGUCCCACCACCCAGAGAGUCUGCACACAUUUGCUUUCUUCUAUGAUGACAUUGGUGUUCCACAAGAUUACAGGCACAUGGAUGGCUCUGGAGUUCACACUUUUACUCUUCUUAACAAGGCUGGCAAAGCAACCUAUGUUAAGUUUCACUGGAGGCCUACUUGUGGAGUGAAGAACUUAUUAGAGGAAGAAGCCAUCAGAGUAGGAGGUACUAAUCACAGCCAUGCCACUCAAGAUCUGUAUGACUCGAUUGCAGCAGGAAAUUAUCCCGAGUGGAAGCUAUUCAUUCAGACCAUGGACCCAGAUCAAGAAGACAGGCUCGAUUUUGAUCCCCUUGAUGUCACAAAGACCUGGCCUGAGGACAUUUUCCCUCUGCAGCCAGUGGGGCGAUUGGUGUUGAACAAGAACAUCGAUAACUUCUUCGCUGAAAAUGAAAUGCUUGCCUUUAAUCCUGCUUUUGUUGUUCCCGGUGUGUACUAUUCGGAUGAUAAGUUUCUCCAGGGUCGUAUAUUUGCCUAUGGUGACACCCAGAGGCACCGUCUUGGACCAAACUAUUUGCUGCUUCCAGCUAAUGCUCCCAAGUGCCCUCAUCACAACAAUCACAUAGACGGCGCAAUGAAUUUCAUGCACAGGGAUGAGGAGAUCGAUUACUUCCCUUCAAGGUUUGAUCCCGUGCGCCAUGCUGAGAAGCACCCCCUCCCUCCACGUAUCUUGACCGGAAGACGCACUAGGGCCAAGAUUGAGAAAGAAGACAACUUUAAGCAAGCUGGAGACCGAUACAGGACUUUCGCCCCUGACAGGCAAGAACGAUUUUUGUGUCGUAUUGUUGAUGGUUUAUCCGAUCCACGAAUUACUCAUGAGAUCCGCAGCAUAUGGAUCUCAUACUGGUCUCAGGCUGACAAGUCUCUUGGUCAGAAGGUAGCGUCCCGACUCAACGUCAGGCCAAGCUACUAGAAAGUAUGGUGGUCAAGAGCCCGAGAAAUGGUGUGUGCUCAGUCAGGAGAGUACCCUGGAAGAAGAAGUUGCUGUGUUCUGUUACUUCUGUACCAGAGUUUGGAAGUAUGAUAAUAUCAAGAUAGCACUCCUAUAAACAAGUGUGAUACUCUAUGUUAUUAUAUACUUGUACAGCCAAACUUUGUGCAGCUUGUCAUGUAAUUUUCUGCACUUUGAAUGUUUUCUUACAAUCAAUAAGUACAGUUAACUCUGUGCGACCUGUUUGAUGUAAUAUUCUGGCAGCUCUGCUGUUCUCUUAUCACUUGAACUUGAUUCUGUACUA